GGAGUUGGAGUUUGAAAAGAUUUUGGUAUUUUCCAUUUAUGAAAAACUGUUUGGCAAGUUGAAGAACAGACUUGCCAUGAUUCCGGGCAUAGAUAUAGAGAUGAGAUUUAGGAAAUGGAAGACUCAAAUACUUUUUGUGGGCAACCUCUCUAUCAUGUAUAGCACGAGAACAGGCUGUGUUAAACCAGUGUUUAGAAGGUUUAGGUUGAGAAUAAGAAUGAGGAAUGUGCGCCUCCAUGCUAGACACUAUCACCUCUUUAAUGCUUUCAGCACACACAGAUGGGUCUCUGACACGGAAACAGUAAUCAUUCCAGGGAAAAUCAGCAUAUUACCUCCUCAGGUCUCCCCAACCGGCAGAAGCAAAACGGCAGAAACACCUCCACUUCGGGGAUCUUGAGGCGGAAUUGGAGAAACAGAACAAGAUACAGAAGUGAGAUUGUGGUCGGAGGAGCCUAAUGGAGAAGAUAAGGUAACAGCAUAAGCAGAAGGAUUAGAGAUGGCAAGCCAGCAGCACCACGGCCAGCUGAAGUGGUACAACUUCAAGUGCGGCUACGGCUUCAUCACCGACCUGAGUACAAAAACAGAUGUUUUUGUACACUUCUCCGGCCUGAAGAGGUCUUUACAAAAACGUCUCCCUCGUGAAGGUGACAUGGUUCACUUCACCAUCCACAACGGAGACAAAGGACCAGAGGCCCGAGAUGUUUCGAGGAACGGCAAGAGCUCCAAGGCAUGUGCUUCACGCUCCACACCACCUCGCAGGAGUUGGGAUAUGGAAGCUAAGGUAACAGCUGGCAUUUGCACGGCAAAAGCCCUCGCUGGCAGCAAUGUCCGUCGCUUGCAAGUCCUUAUCCCACUCCUGCUGAAGCACAACAAUCUACCUGGCAUAAGGAUACCACAACAAGCCUUCGGAGCCUCCCACACACCAAAACCGCCAAAAAGUCACCAGCCGCUUCUCCACGACGUUCACCCUUGCCGUGAAGAGCCAGUUGAAGAGCCAGUGGAAGAGGCUCCGACCGUCGAGGAAGAGGAGGAAGACGAGAUCGUAGAUGUGGAAGGCAGCGACUCGGACCAGCCACCUCCAGACGUCGAGCCCCCUCCAAAUGAAGAAGGCUAGACAACAACCAAGAGCAAGAACAAGAAGAAGAAAAAACAAGGACGAAAGGAUGAGACAGAGAACCAACCAGCAGAACUAAACAUCUCCACUCUUGACGCCACCAACAACAACGCUACAGCUCUCCUUGACUGGGCCCUGCCUCCACGCCCCGCCCAUCCACUCAACGACGCUGCUCAACAACACCCAACAUCACCUUACGCUUGGGUCAAGCCCCAGCGACUUUACUCUCCUACUAAAGCUCACUUCUUAAUACCCACCUAUUCUUCCCCUAUCCCCACUUCCCCCUCUGCCUUUUCUAUCUAUAUUCAAUUCGAUUCGAUUAUGGCAAGAUCAAUAAAUCAAAUAACUAUCAUCACCACUCAGCAAUGACGGUCAGCCCGU